AUGCCACUUUUCCAUGGUAUUUAUUCCUCGUCCGCUCCACAGAAUAUUGGCAUCACUAUCUGCAACUCAUCCACAAAUGAUCGCGCGUUUCGAUAUACCGUCCCUGUGCCUUCACCAUGGCACCACCCCACAUUUCCCGAAAUUCGACCAUUUUCUCCAAACCUACAUAUCCUCAUCGACGAUAAACAAAACCUCCGUUACUAUAUACUUCGCCCUCCACCCGACAAAGAGCCAUUCAAUACUUCAUGUUUACCGACCGUAUCAAGUGUUAUGCCGAUCCGUCGAUGUUCCAGGAAAGCUGUCAUCGAAGAAAUCCACAAUAGUUUCGGAAUACAAAAAUUGAGGGAUUUCAAAAGUGGAUUGUGUUACUCCAUCCUCACAGCUCGUUUUAUACCCAAUGCUGUCUCUCCGAUUACCGCCUCGGCUGUGUCUGAGAAUCCCAAGACUUCGCAGACGAUACCUUAUGUAAUAAGACCAGCCGCUGAGCUGCCUCAGAUAAUAGCGAGUGGCGAUUUAUAUCCUCUUGAAUGCGGAUCUCAUUCCCUUGACGUCCCAUCCAGCGAACUGCAAUUUCAUAAGGCCCACGCUGCUAUUUGUAGCUGGUAUUUUCAUAGCUUUCCCUGGCUUUCCCUCAUUUGUGCGCAGACGUCUGUACGUAAAAAAGCACUGAAAGACUGUCAAAUACUGGCUCAACAGUGUCGCUGGAGGAAUGGAGGGUGGUUGCUUGAUCAUCACAUUCAGCAAUUUUACGGGUCUCACAGAUCUGGGAUCCCAUCCCCAAACAAUAACAUUGCAGUAAACCCUUACUUCACCGACAACCUAGUGGUCACUGCAGAUCCAAAUGAUUACAUUGAAGGACCCUGGGUCACGGAUGGCCUUUACAAGCGCACUCGUAUCACGCUCCGCCGCAAAUAUCUCAUGGAAUUUCCUUGGUUUGAAAUCUCGAGUCUGAAGCGCAAGGUUGAGUAUGAUAUAGGCUUCCUGCAUAUGGCAUAUCAAUUAAUGAGCUUCCCAUACAUGACAAGCAACAGGGUGAUCAUCAACGAAAAGACACUGCAGGACAAGGAAAUAAUCGAGUUUUAUAAUGCGGAGAUAUAUGAUUUGGUCACUGCUCAUCCGCAUGAGAGUGCGCUUGUAGGGAAGGUCGGAAGGCUGCAAGCGAGGGUGGAUAAGCACCGUCCGCACAUCAACGUGGAUCUUGCUGCUAUACCUCAGAGUUGGAGGAAGCUGAUGAGUUUUGAUGAAUAG